AUGCAAAUGAGCGCGGGUGGGCGGGCGCUGAUUGGCUGCGGCGCGCGGUGGUGGCGCCGCCCGGUGUGUGUGUGUGUGUGUGUGUGCGCCCGCAGCCAGGUGCGCCCGGCCGGGGCUGCUCCGCCACCGCAUCGGCUGCCACAGCUCCAUCGGCUCCGCCGCCGCUCCGCCACCAUGACCGUCACACGCCUCGACCAGGGACAGCGGUACCGCCCGCGGAUGGCCUUCCUGAAAAAGAUCGAAGCACUUAUGAUGGAGAUGCAGAAUCCAGACACAGGCAUCAAGACACAGACACAGACAGUGAUGGUUGCCAGCAUCCCACAUGCUGUGACAGGUAAUGAUAUAUUGCAGUGGAUCCUUCAGCGCUUGCAGAUCACUGCAGAAGAGGCACUCCACCUGGGAGACCUGUUUGUCAAAUAUGGAUACAUCUACCCUCUUCAGGAGCCAAAGAACCUCACCCUCAAGGCAGAUGGCAGCCUGUACAGGUUUCAAACUCCUUUCUCUUCAGACCCCUAUUUCUGGCCCUUGCAGGGCUGGGCUGCUGACGACACAGACUAUGCAAUUUAUCUGGCAAAGAAGAACAUUAAGAGGAAAGGGAUUUUAGAAGAAUAUGAAAAGGAACAUUACAACAUGCUCAAUCAAAAAAUCAACUACAAGUGGGAUUUUGUUAUUAUGCAGGCCAAGGAGCAGUAUAAGGCAGGCAAGGAGCGGAAGAAGGAGGAUAGGUACGCCCUGGACUGCCAGGAGAGAGCCUACUGGCUUGUGAACAGAACCCCCCCGGGCAUGCAAGAUGUCCUGGAGUACGGAGUGGACCGUGUAACCGAUCCCAAUGAGAAUAAGAAAAAUACUAUGGAAUCUUACAGGAGAGAGAUCAUGUACUAUCAGCAGGCCAUUGGGAAGACCAGAGUGAAAUCUUCUGUCUCUCUUGGAGCGAUUGUGAAGUACUCUGGGCAGUUCCUCUCCAAUGAUCCUAUCCUGUCUGGAUGCCUCCCCAGCAACCCCUGGAUAACAGAUGACCCUGAGUUCUGGGAUCUCAAUGCAAAGCUGGUGGAAGUCCCCACCAGGAUGCGUGUGGAGAGAUGGGCCUUCAACUUCAGCGAGCUGAUCCGGGACCCCAAAGGGCGGCAGAACUUCCAGCUCUUCCUCAAGAAGGAGUUCAGCGGAGAGAAUCUGAGUUUCUGGGAAGCCUGUGAGGAUCUCAAGUAUGGAGACCAAUCCAAGGUCAAAGAAAAAGCAGAGGAAAUUUACAAGCUCUUCCUGGCUCCGGGAGCACGGCGCUGGAUUAACAUUGAUGGCACGACAAUGGGCAUCACAGUCAAAGGCCUCAAGCACCCUCACCGAUAUGUUCUAGAUGCUGCUCAGACCCACAUUUACAUGCUGAUGAAAAAGGACUCCUAUGGCCGCUAUUUAAAGUCUCCAAUAUACAAGGAAAUGCUGGCCAAGGCUGUUGUGCCACAAGAGACUGUCAAAAAAAGCACCGGUUUGUUCGGGCGCCGCCACCUCCGCUCCAGCCCCAGCCCCAUCAUCCUGAGGCAGCAGGAGGAAGAGGCCAAAGCCAGGGAAGCCGCCGCCACCGUGGACAUCACGCAGGUCAUGAGCAAGCUGGACCGCAGGAACCAGCCCCAGAAGGACCCUCCUCCCAAGUAGGCUCUGAGCCCCGCAGGGAAAAGACAAGCCGAGGCCGGUGUUGAGCUUCGUCUCCCCUUCCUGAAGGUGUCAGUGCUGCUUUAGGUUUCCCAGGCCGGCUCUGCCACCAGCCGGCUUCCCUGCACGUUGCCAUGGCUUCUGGAGAGCAGAUGUCAUUCCCAGGCGUGCCAGGCAGGGAGUGCUGGCAGAGCCGGGCUGCUGCCUGUGCCAGGCUCGGGGGGCAGGACCCCGGCUCCCCACACACACACCUCGGAGGGGAGAUGACUUCUGGCUGCCCUGAGAUUCCCUUCAGGAGGCUGGGUAGCCCAGCUGCCUCUCCCUGCCUCCUGCUCUUCAGGGAGGUGGGAUGGCACCCAGUAAAGUGCUGCCAUCCCAGUCCUUUGGGUCCAAACCAGCCUUCCUGGGAGCAGAGAUGGAUGACAGGGAGAGCAGGGAGAGGUGACCCACCUCAGAGUGUCCACGCUGGCUUCCAUCCCGUGGGGGGACGUGCACCCUCCCAAGGGGUGCAUCCAACACCCCCUGAGAGGAGCACACCCCUCACUCCAAAUAUCCUGCACCUCCCAGCUAAUGCAGCAGGAGCACAGGCAGAAGGGCCAGGGAGGCUCCCUGUGAGAUCAGCAGCAUGGGCGUUUCUGAAGGUUUGGUUGACCCUUUGAAUUUGAAUGUCACUCCCACCUCCUCCCAGCACGCUGGAGGUGAUCAGUGGGAAGCUCUGCUCUCCCUGUGCCGUGAGCUGGGUGUGCAGGUGCCAAGAGCCUGCACGAGGCCUUGAGAGAUUUUGUCAAAUCCUUCCCACCUCUUGUCUUGUCUUUUUCCUGCUCUUCUGUUUCCUCUUGUUAAAAAAACCAACAGGAGGUAGUUCCCAGUUGUAGCCCAGAGGCAAGAGAGGACAGGGUAGAGGUGUUAAGAGCUGUUUUCAACUUUAAGUAGUGUUCCUCUUUUUAUUUGCUCUGUCUCUUUUGCUCUGUAGAAUGAGGCAAACUAAAAUACUAUUUUAGUGCUAAAGAGCUCAGGGAGAUUCCAGGCCUUGCUGGGAAAGCACAGCAUGUCUGGACCAGGCCAAUGAUUACCAGAAGUGCAAAGAUUCCUACAAAGCCCAGUAAAGGGAAUUAGAGGGGCAGAAAAUCUUCCUUGUUUGUUAAAAUUUUAGGGAAGUAGGGAGACUGUGUGGAAGCACUGAGGUCUGGGAAGCUGCUUCUCUCUGGUUUGUAUUGUUCAUCCAUUUUAAAUACUGGUAGGAUUUUACAGGAAAUAGGAGAUCAUAGAAUCAUUGGAUUGGAUUGGAGGGGACCUUAAACAUCAUCUCAUUCCACCCCCUGCCAUGGACAGGGACACCUUCCACCAAACCAGGUUGCUCAGCCCCAUCCAGCCAGGCUUUGAACACUUUCAGGGAUGGGGCAGCCACAACCUCUGGAGAAAACUGGAUGGGAAGGGGGGCCCUCAGAUAAUGGGGUGCAUGCAGACCAGCCCCUUGGAGCCCUGGGGUCCUGGAGUCCAUGCAGGACAACUGCCUGUGAACAGGGGGACAGUCAGGAUGUCACUGUGUCCCAAAACAGCCUGAACAGUGAGUCCUGCCCUCCCCCUGUGUGUUAUCAGGGGCAGAAUCAGGGCUGCACAGUCUGCUCUGGUGUCACUGCAGAAUUUGUCUCCUUCACUUGUGGCUGAGGCAGGGAGAUUUUCCUGACCUUCCUUAACCUAUCAGUGAUAAACCUUCUUAGAGGAAUUGAAACCGAGUUGCCCGAGACUUUCACUCUGAUGUCAAGGCCUGUGCUGUCUCCGCUCUUACUCCUGGUGGAAGCAAAGGCACAUUUUGCAACGCUCUGCAAGGGAGCAGGAUCAGCCUUUUCUUUAAUUCCUCCUAAAACCCCAAGGCUUUGUUAUGUCAGGUGCUGAGCACCCUCAGCCUACCUUGACAUAAGAGCACUGAAAGAUACUCCAAACCCUGGCAGGGUUGGUCCAAAGCUACUUGGCUGUGAUGAGCUCUGCAGUCUCUCCAGAGUCUGUGUAACAUGGAGCACUGAGCAUGUUGGGAUUGCCAGUGUGUAGUAACGUGGAAGAUCAAGUCAGGGUAUAAAUAAUAAAUAACAAAUCUGUGUGUUCCAGUCAGUCCCUCUGAUUCUACUUCUAUUUUGUCUGCUGCUUUGCUUGUUACGUUCUCUGUACCCAUUCCUUUCUCUGAUUUUUCGUCAUCUCUGCUUUGCAUCGCUCUUCCCCUGCCGUGGGUUAGUGUGGCAUGUUCAGGAGUCACUGUGUUUGUGGAACACCAGUCACUGCUUGUGGAACACCUGUCUGACACACACAGGCAGGAGCUGGCUCUGCUCUGCCACAGGCUGAAGGAGCUGGCACGGCCCAGCCUUCUGCUCCUCGUCCCUUGCUGCUCAGUCCCCGAAGAGGAAGGUCGCCUGGUACAAGCUGAACUUCACUUUGUGCCAGAAAUUGUUUGUUUCCAUUGGAAAUCAGAGCAAUAUGUUGUUUCAUUUCUUGGCCCUCGCUCCCGCGCAUUCAUCUGUCUAAUAAAAAUAAAUGUAGAAAAUGGAAGAAGAACCAAGUUCAUCCUUCUCUGUUGCGUCUCAGCGUGUUCAUUGCUCACUGUGUCAUCACUGCAUGUGUGUGUACAUGUUCUGUGUGUGCCUCUGCCCUCAGCCCUUCUCCUUGGGCACUUGAGCUGCAUUUCAUUUCUGCUGGGAGUGAGUCCUUGGGAAAUGGGAGGGGACCCAGCAUGCAGCUUGUCCUCUGCUGCUUGUCCUGUGCUUGUCCUGUCCAGUUUAAACUUGGGCUUGUCCUGAGGGCUGAAUGAGCUGAGCUGGAGCCUCCACAGCCCCAGCCAGGGACACUGGGGGCUUCAGCACAAGAUGUGAUUUGUCUCACCAGCCGUCAGGGCUUGGGCUCAGUGUCUGUUUCUUGGGCAGGCAGCAGCCAGCGCAGCGGUGCCUUGGGUGUGACAUGGCUGUGCUGCUCAUAACCGAGAUCACAUUCUCGGGAUGACAGGCUCCCCUGUGCCUGGAGCUAAUCCUUGUGAGGAAUGAGACAAGCUGGUGUCUCCUCCAGCAUCCCAGCAGGCAUGGGGCCGGAUCUGUCAGCACCCACUGGGGCUGGUAGCGAUGACCCCGUUGCUUUCCGUAGGCAAGUUGUGACACCCAUGCUCCUGCUGGAGGGCAGGG